CCACAGUCCAGACAUGCUCAUUAGGUCAAUUGGUGACUCUACAUUGCCAGUAGUUUCCAUCUGUCUUCAUGGAUAAAGGCAAUGUCUGCGCGGUUUUAUGCCAAGAGGAGGGAGACUGUUGUCAUGCCGGCCCACCCUACCAUCAGUGAUGAUGACGAGGAGGAAGAUGACAAUGUGGCAGACCUUGCUGUCCCUCGUGGUACUUGUGACUACGUUACCAGUGAUGAUGGUAUACUGGCCGUCAGGUGGAAGGACAACAAAGCGGUCACUCUGCUGUCAACAGACAUGGGGGUGGAGCCGAUGUCCUCAGUCAUCAGGUACUGCAGUGAGACCAAGAAGAAGGAGCCUGUGAGCUGUCCAGCUGUCAUCAGGAGUUAUAAUGCCAACAUGGGGGGCAUUGAUAAGAGUGACAUGCUGGUACACCUCUACCGCACCCCCAUGAAGUCCAAGAGGUGGUACCUGCGUCUGUUUGCAUACGUCAUUGAUGUCAGUAUCCUGCCUGGGUUGUGUACAGGCGGGACUGUAAGGCCCUUGGAGUGAAUGGCCAGCUUCUGAAAGAUUUCAGAAUCCAGGUGUUCAGGGGUGCCAGCGGCCAGAUGCCUGCCACAUCUAGCUCCAGAAAAAGCUCAUCUUCAUCUGUCGAAAGCCUGACCACCAGUUCUGAUGUCCCUAAGCCUGUCCGGGGACACUGCAGCCACACACCAAAUGAGGCUGUGCGCUUUGAUCUGUCCCUCUUCCAUGCCCCUGUACAUGCCAAACGCCAGACCUGCAAGUACUGUAGCAGCAAAGGCAACAUUUUAAGGUCAAAUGUGGUCUGCAGGGUCUGCAAGGUCCACCUUUGCAUGAACAGUGAGCGUAACUGCUAUAGGUACCAUGACAAACUGGCCUAAUGGUGUCUAAAGUGAUACUGCGUAAGUUGACAGGUGUCUGUAUCAGCACUUGUGUUGCAAUGUUCUAAAAGUGAUGUUCUAAUGUUGAAACGUACAUGUUCCUUUCACCUUAUA